CUCCCCGCCUCCCCUCUCUCCCUCCUCUUCCUCCCCCAGCAGUGACGUCUCUGGACGUGCCCGGUACCGACCCGGCGCACAGCAUCGCUCGGGGCUCCGGGCCCGGUGUCACCGUCCCGGGGGGGUGCGGGCACCGCCUGGGGCCGCCCAUGCGGUCGGGGGGCGAUGCGGACGGCACGGAGCCGGCGGUAGUGCCCGCACCGGGGCCCCCCCCGGGAGCAUGGGCUGCAUCGGCUCCAAAACCACCAUCGUGGCCGUGGACACGACCCUGUGCGUGGAGUGGAAGGAGGUGAAAGCGCUGUCUCCGCUGCGAGCCGCCCAUCCAGCCCCAUUGCCCCGCCUGUUGCGCCAGGCCUCCUUCGACAGCCAGGACUUCCUCGAGGUCAAUGUUGAAGACACUGUCGAGAUGCUGCCCAAGUCGCGGCGUGCGCUGACCAUCCAGGAGAUCGCCGCCCUGGCCCGCUCCUCGCUGCACGGCAUCUCGCAGGUGGUGAAGGAGCACGUGACGAAGCCGACAGCCAUGGCGCAGGGCCGCGUCGCGCACCUCAUCGAGUGGAAGGGCUGGUGCAAGCCCGUGGAGCCGCCCGCUGCGCUGGAGAGCGCCUUCAACUCCUACUGCCACCUGAGUGAGGGUGAGCAGGAGGCACGCUUUGCUGCAGGUGUGGCGGAGCAGUUUGCCAUUGCCGAGGCCAAGCUGCGCGCCUGGUCCUCGGUGGAUGGGGAUGACUCCAAUGACGAGUCCUACGAUGAGGACUUCAUACCAUCCUCGGAGAGCUCCCAGCCAGCCGGUGAGCACUCUGGGGACAUGUGGAUUGGGGACAGUGUCCUGCUGCCAGGAACCCCUGUGGUGCCACCGUGGGGCUGGCAUUCAUUGGGACUCCCAGCUGAGGGGCUGACCGCUGUUCCCACAGAGCAUCAUCCCGGCACGGCACUGCUGCGGGACCUGCUGCGGGGCCACCUGUGCCAGCUGGGAGCGCGGCACGGCUCCUGCGAGCCUGAGAGUGACUCGUCACGCACGCUGUCCCCCGAAACCCUCUGCUCCAGCCUCUGCAGCCUGGAGAUGGUAUCCCCCUCCGAACUCACUGCCAAACUGCUGGGCUCCCUGGGGGGUGAGCUGCCCCCUCCGAGCAGCCAAAGUGCCUUGCGGGGUCUGGUAUGGCCCCGCUGCCAGGACUCGCUGUCCCCCAUGCCCUACGCUGAAGCCUGCCUCUCGCCUGCCGAGGACGAGGUGGUGCUGAGCAAGGACUUCGCGCUCCGCCGCAAAAUCUCCGACGUCGCCUCCUCUGGGGUGGUGUCACUGGAGGAGGAGGAGGAGGAGGAGGAGGAGGAUGAGGCUGAAGAGCCGUGAUGCCCCGCAGGGACCUUGCCUCUCCCCAGCACCGUGCCCCCCAGGACUGAUGGGACCCGAAGCUGUGGGGCUGGCUGUCCGCAUGCAUCCCCUCACCACCCCUUUUUGGGCGCUGAGUCCCCCACCCCGUAGGCACAGCUGAACCUCUCUGGGCUAAAUCCACGGUGCCCCCACUCUGGACCAGGGCUGGGGUUGGGAACUGGGGCACAGAGGCUUUUCUCCUUGCUCCCCGAUGAAUUUUAUACUGUGAA